AUUCAACGUCCUUGUAUGCGAACUAAAGUCACCUACACACACUCCGAUAAUGUGAUACGCCAGAGCAAAAUUCUUGGAAAAUUGUUUGGAAAUCGCUUGACGGGCAGUAAGAAGCGCUGGUAUCCCUUAGAGAAUAAUAAUGCUGUCAGCUGUAGCGGUAUUCAGCAACCGAGCUUUGUAUUUCAAGGCUCUUUAUUUGGAAAGUUUUCCCCGUAUACCAAAAAGCACAACACCCGUCGUAUAUCCGUGUUUAACAAGUCUUCGUUCAUGACAAAAAUCACAGACAUGUUAUCCACUGGAGCGGCAGUCCAAUCGAUUGUAGGACUAGGCCUGCAUGUUACCCGUGUGAAGAUUUCAAGCGACUUCUCCCAUAUCAAUGUAUAUUGACUGAGCCGCAUAGAU